AUGUCCUUUCUCUUGCUGUGCUGGGGGCUGCUGGCCAUCCGCACGAUCUCACUCAUAACGGGCACCUACAAUCCCCUCAGGGCGAACUCCGAGGACAGGCUGGGCGAGAUUGUGCGCCGCACGACCAGCUUCGACAGCGUGUGCUUGGUCGGGACCAAAGUCAAGGAAGUGAUGGCCGCCGUGUCGUUGUCGAAGCAGGAUAUAAGGUUGGUCCAUAUGUUAGUGCGUACGCUGGCUGCUCGGGUAUCCUGGGGCGUCGUUUUCGUGAUCGUGAUAUUGUUCGAGUCGCCGUACCUCCUGAUAAUCUCCAGGGAC